UUAUAACGCGCGGUUAUUCGGCAGAAAUCAAACGCGUAAACUAACAGCAGUUAUACAAGUCGUGUCGGGUAUUGGGUUUUUAUUUUCUCUGACUUUUUGUAUUAUAUAUUGUUUGAUCUGACUUCGCAUCGGCUAUCGCACAACCAACUUCGUUCUGAACUGUUAUGAGACAGAGAUUUUAUUCAAUUUCGAGUUGAGGAAGCAGCUAAUAAGGUCUUUGAACAGGACCUAGAGCAUGAUGUCCUGUCUAAGCAAUCCAAGUCCCACAGGAACAUAUUCUUCUGGGAGUAGUACUCACUCGCAUCGCAGAUCACCGUUGAAUCUGGAAUCUUCAAGCGUGGACUCGAUAAUAAGCUCAUUUCUUCGAGUGGUCACCGGUGAGCUCUGUGGCAACUACGAUGAGCAUUCGUCUUCCAGAAAUGUUCCACCAGCGGCGGCAAGGUGUCAAGAUUGCAGGGAACCUCUUUGCGAGGCAUGUGUGACGGCUCACCAGAGGGUUCGUCUGACAUGCAAUCAUAGAAUUGAACGAUACGUAGGAAGCAAUACACCAAGUCCACCGUCAGCUCCUGCCUCUUGCUCACCCCCAACAUCAACUUCCUUCUAUUGCGAUACACACCACGAAGCUCAAAUAUUUUACUGCGAAACUUGUGGAUUGCCUUCGUGUGAAGAAUGUGGAAUCAAGGAUCACAGGGGUCAUGUUGUGCUUUACUUGGUGGAGGCUGUCGGAAGUGCUGGCGUUAUGGCGAUGCAAGUCUUGGGUGAAGCUAGAAUUGGUAUUGCAGCAGUUAGAGAAGAUUUGGAUGCGGUGCAAAUUGCUGCCGAAGGUGUGGAGCAGAAGGCGCGUCAGGCAGCAUCUGAAGUGAGAACAGCAGUGCGUAGAUUGGCUUCUGCAUUAGAAGAAAGAGAAAGGGAAUUGCUGGCUAAAGUUGAGAGAGCAAGGCUGAUGAAAGGGGCAGCACUUCAGGCUAGAGCAGAUGCUUUGAAAACAGCAUUGACGCGACUAACGAUGACUGCUGAGACACUCAGCGACGCAAUGGAUACAAAUGUGACAACUAAUCCGGUCGAACUUUUGCGUAUCAAGGAACGAGCUGCCACAGAGGUGGUUCAAAUUCGUCAAGGUCAAAAUGCUUUACCACCCAGGGAAGAAGACUGGAUAUCAUUCAUAGGUCCAGACAUGACUAUUUUACAUGCAAUUGCCUCCAUGGGAUCAGUGGUUCUUGUAAAUCCAGGUCCGGUAGGAGAUCGUCGAGCUGUUAGAGGUCGUAUGGCGCUGGAAGACAACCCCAACACCAAUAAUGGAACGGCAAUCAACUUUCCACCGAGUGCCACACCUCGUGGAAGACCUGUGCUAGGCAAUGUUUUUCCCAUAUCCGUGAGAACCAGCCACAUUUUCAAUCCAAUGGGAUUCAAGCCAGUUUCUGUUUGGGGUUCAGAAGGGGACAACGACGGAGAGUUAUGCAGACCUUGGGGUGUAUGCUGCGACAAGGGUGGUCAUAUCAUCGUAGCAGACAGAUCGAACAAUCGUAUUCAAAUUUUCAGACAAGAUGGUACCUUUGUAAGAAAAUUUGGUACCCAAGGCUCCGGUCCGAGUCAAUUUGAUCGACCCGCAGGUGUAGCUGUAGAUGCGCGAGGCCACAUUGUGGUUGCUGACAAAGAUAAUCAUAGAAUCCAAAUUUUUACCUUAGAAGGAAUAUUUCUGCUAAGCUUUGGUGAAAAGGGUAGUAAGAGUGGCCAAUUUAAUUACCCUUGGGAUGUGGCUGUUAAUUCGGAAGGCCAAAUAGCGGUAUCUGACACACGGAAUCAUCGCGUUCAAUUAUUCACAUCCGAAGGUACGUUUUUGAGAAAGUAUGGAUUUGAAGGGUGUGCUGGACUUUGGAAGCACUUUGAUUCUCCUCGAGGUGUUGCCUUCAGUCCGGAGGGCUGCGUUGUUGUUACAGACUUUAAUAAUCACAGACUAGUCGUGAUUGAGCCUGACUUUGUGAAUGCAAGGUUCUUGGGUGGAGAAGGUACUGGCUUGAAACAAUUCCUGAGACCACAGGGUGUGGCUAUAGAUGACGAUGGGCAUAUCGUAGUUGCAGAUUCAAGGAAUCAUAGAAUACAGGUAUUUGAGCCGUCAGGAGGCUUAUUGUGGAAGUUAGGAAGCCCGGGCAAAGCACCGGGUGAGCUCGAUAGACCUUCGGGUGUAGCACUAACACCUAGUGGAAAAAUAGUUGUAGUCGACUUUGGUAAUAACAGAAUUCAAGUAUUUUAGAUUUUAAGAAGCAAAUCCAACACCGUUACAAAACUACAUAACUCAGAAAUCAAGGUCAAUCGCUUUAUACGUGUUUAGCAAGGAGUACAUAGUGUGUAUUUACGAGAUCUUUUUUUCGAGUGACGUUAGGCAUAUAUAUACAUGUAUGGGAGUGAAGUUUGAGAACUGAUUCUGCAAUAUCUAUGACACGCAAUUAAAGGUAAAAUCAUCCUCAAGUUAUUUCUGCUAUCAUCUUAUUAUGCAAAUGGAAUAGCGCUUUAUAACAGGCAGAUGGUGGAAAUAAACUCGAAUCUAAAAUAAAUUUCCAAGCGUUUCAACAGUCGUCAUGCUGCAAUUACAAAGCUGCAGAUUAAUGGCAGCUCUAAAAUUAUUUCACGUCUAUCUUAAACUAUAUAAAGUGAAGACAAGAUUACGUUAUAUUCUUGAACCGUAAACCCAAGUUUAACAAGGUAUAUUGCAGCACAAUUGAAGUAUUUUAUUUGCAAAUAGUAUUGAAAGAAUAUAUUAAUUGAGUAAAUAUAGUAUUCAGAUAACAAAUCUGAUGGAUGAUUGUCGAUGAUUGCUCGAGACAUUGCGGACUUAUGCAAGGUUUUUUUUUACAAAUCUUAAGAAACGUGUAAUGCAAUUACAACUUGUUAUAAUAUAAUUUUAAAUGAUAUACUGAUCAAAGGCAGUAUUGAUGAAACGUCGCACAAAGAUUUUUAAAUAUUAUGAUAGGCUUUAUUGUUACUGUGUAUUCCUUAUAAAUUUAACCUGACAAAACAACUAAGAACGAAGUCAAAUAGAAAUUAGACCGCGUCUACCUCACUACAAACAAAAGUACCAUAUAAUUCACACAGUCGAUGAUUUUCCAAGUUUCGUAUAUAUGUCUGAUAACAAUUCCCAGAAAUUUUUAUCACUGUUUGACAAGACUUUAUGAUGAUGCAUAAUGUCUUAUUUUCCAAAAAUAUAGGACUGGUAAGAUACUUUAUAAUAAUAUUAAUAAUAAUAACGAUAAUAAUAACAAUAAUAAUGACAACGGUAAUUGAUAUCUUAGAAUUUAACCAAGUUACAGUCAGUUGGAUGACAAAAGAUUGACUUAAAAUCAUGAGUGUGCUAAUAUCAUGACAGCAAAACUGAAAAUAACUUUUAACAUUAGCGUGUUAUGUGUCAGGAUUGCAGAACUAAAAUCAAAUAAUCUAUCCAAAGUUAGCGAAAUGCUUAAAAGUGAAAAAAAGUGUACAAUUAAUGAAUGUGAUUAUGUUUAAAUUUGAAAAGAAACUACAAAAAAAGUGAA